UUCCUCGGCCGGUUCGCGCGCAACCGCGGCGCCCUGGUCGGCGCCUGCCUGAUCCUGGUCGUCGCCCUGAUGGCGGUCUUCGCCUCGAUCUUCUUCCCGACCGAUCCGCUGCGCAUCGUCGGCCUCCCCGAACUGUGGCCCGGCGAGGACCCCGAGUUCCCGCUGGGCACCGAUUCGCUGGGGCGCGACAUCCUCUCGAUGAUCGUGCACGGCGCGCGGGCGACCCUGCUGAUCGGCCUGUUCGCCUCGGCGGUCGCCACGCUGAUCGGGGUCAGCGUCGGUGCCGCCGCCGGCUAUUUCGGAGGCUGGGUCGACGAAAUCGGCAUGCGCGUGGCCGAACUGUUCCAGACCAUCCCGAACCUGAUCUUCGUGCUCACCAUCGUGGUCAUCCUGGGCUCGACCCUGACCAACAUCGUGAUCGCCAUCGGCAUCGUGAGCUGGACGCCGAUCGCCCGCAUGACCCGGGCGGAGUUCCUGUCGUUGCGCGACCGCGAGUUCGUGCAGGCCUGCCGAUCCAUGGGCAUGAGCGACUUCCGCAUCAUCGUUUCGGAGAUCCUGCCCAACGCCCUGCCGCCGGUGAUCGUGCUGUCGUCGCUCGUGGUCGCGGGCGCCAUCCUGUUCGAAUCGGCGGUCUCCUUCCUCGGCCUCGGCGAUCCCAACGUCGCAAGCUGGGGCCGGCUGGUCGGCGACGGGCGGCAGCUCAUCCGCAGCUCGUGGUACAUCUGCGCCAUCCCGGGCAUCGCCAUCAUGAUCACCGUGCUCUGCCUCAACCUGGUGGGCGACGGGCUGAACGACGCGCUCAACCCCAAGCUCCGGGAUCGCUGAGCGAUGGCCACCCUCCCACUCGAAGUGCGCGACCUGCGCACCACGCUGUUCACGCGCCGCGGCGAGAUGAAGGCGGUCGACGGGCUGAGCCUCACCGUCGGCGCCGGCGAGACCGUCGCCAUCGUGGGCGAAUCGGGCUGCGGCAAGUCGCUGUCGGCGUUGUCGAUCAUGCGGCUGCUGCCCGAUCCGCCGGCCCGCAUCGUCGGCGGCGAGGUGAAGCUGAACGGACGCGACAUCGUCGCGCUGCGCGAAGAGGACAUGCUCGACAUCCGGGGCAAGGAGAUCGGCAUGAUCUUCCAGGAUCCGAUCAGUUCGCUGAACCCGGUGGCCACGGUCGAGAAGCAGAUCGUCGAAGUGCUGAUGACCCACACCGACCUCGGCCGCGGCCAGGCGCGCGUGCGGGCGCACGAGUUGCUGGAGCUGAUUGCCCGCCGCUUCUAUCCACCCUCUCGGCCGCCCUUCUGACUGCUGGCGCCGCGUCCGCCCAGACCAUGGAGUUCGCCUGCCCCGACCCGGGCACGACCUUCACCUACGACAGCGGCGUCAAGGUCGUGGCGCGCGGUCGCAGCGGCAUGGACUGCAACAUGGAGCGGGUGGGCGGCGGCCCCUUCAAGCUGCGGGCGCUGCUGUUCGACAACCCGUCGGCCGAUGGCAACGACGCCACCGCCUUCAUCGCCGCCCUGCGCCCCGAGCGCCUGUGGCCGCUGGAAGCCGGCAAGAAGAUCGAGGCGAGCUACAAGAUCGGCGGCGGCACUUGGACCUACACGCUCGCCGUGGUGCGCUUCGAGCGGCGCACUGGCCCCGGCGACAAAAUGAUCGACACGUUCCUGAUCGAGAUGAACGAGACCGGCGACAAGGGCCAAGCGCUCGAUCUCGCGCUGAAUGCCGCUUGGUCGGCCGAUCGUAGUCAACAGGAUAUUCUGGAAGAUCGGAAUACGACGGGUAGGCGUCGUCGCAGAACCGCGCAUUGCGGUAACAGCCCGU